CAACUGCGCAUGCUCAGUGCCGGACAGACCGGUGUCCAGUCAGUGUCAGACACUCUGAUCAGAUGCGUUUGCCUCAUAUGCUCCAGUCCCGUUAGUUACAUUCAGUUUGCCUUCGCGUAAUUAUUGCCAAACCUGCGGAGUUGAUGUGUUUAAACGCACACUGUAGAUUUAAAUCCAGACAUUUAUUCACUCGCAUAUUUGACCUGGGCUGCACCGCACCUGAUGUCGGCAUAGGCACGCGCUCGCAAGGAUAAUCAUCUUAGAACUAGAGCCAUGGAGACAGUCAUUCACUUUAUGAAUGACUCUGUAGAGUUUUAUAAAUGGAGCCUUACCAUAGCAGAUAAGCGCGUGGAGGAAUGGCCGAUGAUGUCAUCUCCGCUCCCCACCCUGGGGAUCAGCGUUCUCUACUUGCUCUUCCUCUGGGUCGGACCCCUUUACAUGCAGAACCGGGAGCCUUUUCAGCUCAGAAAAACCCUCAUUGUGUACAACUUCAGCAUGGUGCUGCUUAACUUCUACAUCUGCAAAGAGCUGCUUCUGGGCUCCAGAUCGGCAGGAUACAGCUACCUCUGCCAGCCCGUGAACUACUCCAAUGACGUCAAUGAAGUCAGGAUAGCGUCAGCGCUAUGGUGGUACUACAUCUCUAAGGGGGUGGAGUUUCUGGACACAGUGUUCUUCAUCAUGAGGAAGAAGUUUAACCAGGUCAGCUUCCUGCACGUCUAUCACCACUGCACAAUGUUCAUCCUGUGGUGGAUCGGCAUCAAGUGGGUUCCUGGUGGACAGUAUCCAGUUCCACGUCACCAUUGGCCACGCCGCUCAUUCUCUCUACACGGGCUGCCCAUUCCCGGCCUGGAUGCAGUGGGCUCUGAUUGGCUACGCCGUCACAUUCAUCAUCCUGUUUGCCAAUUUCUACUACCAGACAUACCGCCGCCAGCCACGCCUCAAGUCGGCCAAACCUGCCGUGAACGGCAUCUCCAAUGGCACCAGCAAGACAUCGGAGGUCACGGAAAACGGAACGAAACAGAAGAAAGGAAAAGGAAAGCAUGAUUAAAAAGAAACAAGACAGGAAGUGAAACACUGGGUCUCGUGGGCUUCAAAAAUACCCAUGUCUCAACUGCUACAGACUGUUUGGUAAUUUGUGAAUGGAAUGUUUGUGAAAA